AACUUAAACACGCGCAUGCGUACUCUGCGCAAGCUUGACGCGCACCGCGGAGCGUCCAAACAGCUAACGAUGUCUCAGCUAACAUACAGCAGACUGUCGCAUUUACUGAGAAUAUCCGCCAAUAAACCGUCAGCUUUACGAGCGGGGACGGAGAUAAAACCCGCAGCUGUGUGUUGUGUUCAGUCCAAACGCUGCCAGAGGUCGGUGGACAGCAAGGCGUUACAGGAGCGGCAGAAGCAGCAAAUGGCGAAAGGUCUUCCCAAACAGAAGCCCAUCGCAGGGGUCAAACAGGUCAUCGUCGUGGCUUCGGGGAAAGGUGGCGUGGGAAAGUCCACCACCGCAGUGAAUUUGGCUCUCGGAUUGAUGGCCAACGAUUCGUCGAAGUCCGUGGGUCUGUUGGACGCUGACGUCUACGGUCCGUCUAUUCCCAAACUGAUGAACCUGAAGGGAAACCCGGAGCUCUCUGACAACAACCUGAUGGUUCCACUCACCAACUACGGGAUCCCUUGCAUGUCGAUGGGCUUCCUGGUGGAGGACGUCGCUCCCAUCGUGUGGAGGGGGCUGAUGGUGAUGUCAGCGAUAGAGAAACUGCUCAGACAGGUGAGACCGCCGCUCCACCUGAGGUCAGACAGCGACGUUCAACUGAAUCUAUACAGACCAGUGUGUGUGUUUUCUGUGUUUUGUUGCGCAGGCGCGGUCAUCGUGUCGACGCCGCAGGACAUCGCCCUGCUGGACGCUCGCAGAGGAGCCGAGAUGUUCAAGAAGGUCCACGUGCCGGUUCUCGGUCUGGUGCAGAACAUGAGCGUCUUCCAGUGUCCCAACUGUCAACACCAGACUCACAUCUUCGGCUCCGACGGGGCCCGACAGCUCGCAGACACUCUGGGAGUCCGGUUGUUAGGUGACGUUCCUCUUCAUCUGAACAUCAGAGAGAUGUCAGACAGAGGACAGCCAGUGGUCGUCUCCUCUCCCGACAGCCCAGAGGUCACCGCUCUACUUUUUCCACUUUAUUCUACUUUAUUCUUCUUCUAUUGCAGAUAGCUUCGUUCUUCUCUCUUCUGCACUUUUGUCUAUAUUUCUGCUCGCCUUAACGCCGCUCUGUCGUGUCAUUUUUUUGAGCUUUGUGUGUUAUUGUGU